AUGGCAAGCUCUAGCGGUGCAUCUACGAGUUCUAGCCAUAUUGAUAUUACUAAUCCGAAAUACAAACUUCCGUUUGCUCAUGGUAAGUGUAUUUGUGUAUUAUUUUGUUGUUUGUUUUUCUUAUUUUUGGGGUUUUUUGUCAUUAUGACUAUCUCGUCACACCAUCAUCCAAUUCUUCCUGCUAGCUAUUUUUAAUUGUUAGCCUGAUUCUUCAUCAAACUAAUGUUCUGUAAAGUGUUGACUUGCGCUGACUGUGAACUCAUGUUUAGUGGCAAAUUUAACCAUUGGUUAUAGUGCUGAACGGACAUAGUAAGAGCGGACCUUUCAAGAUUUCAAUCUGCACUACAUCUCACACAACAGUAUUUGAGUUGGGUAACUCAAAUACUGUUUUACAUUUAUAAGUUAUUUUUUUUUAGGGUGGAAACGAGAAGUAGUCUACAGGACUCCAAAGUCAGAUGAUUCUACUACUACAAGCAAUAAAACAAACAGAAAAGCUGAUGUGUACUAUUAUUCACCAGGAAACCUAAAGUUCCGAUCAUUAGUAGACUUUCAGAAAGACAGUGAAGCUUUAAACUUUCCCUUAACAAUAGACAAUUUUUCAUUUAAAAAAGAACCAACUGGAAUUGAUGAUCCGUCAAAAGAAAUAAUUAGAGAUGCGAAAUUUCAUCCAACUAAGGUAAGAUAUGUUUUUGAACAUUUUCUUGAAUGUUAUUUAAUAUUGGUUUCUAUAUAUUAUAUUGUGUUUUUAGGAUGGCAAUGUUUUUGAAUCAUAUGUAUCCAAGAUGCUACGAGAUCGCUCUGUGAAUGUUUCGUCAACAGCUUCUCAACCAAAACGUCGAAAACUGAACAAUAUGGACUUGGAUAAUUUUAAAAAUGUUAAAAAACGGUAGCAUAUAAAUUUUAUUUAAUAUUUUUUUAGCUUAAACAGUCUUUUGUUUAUUAGUUUCUAAAUUGGCCUUAUAAAUUUGUUGCUAAAUUAAGGGGUUUUUAUCCUUACAUUUCCUUCAUAAUCUUUCCUCAAUUAAACCAUAUUCGUGAAUGGAGAAAACUGGGUUAUCAACAUUAGAUGGGAAAGUUUUAAUGAAGGCUCCAUGAGAAAUUGUCUGUACAAAAAAGAAAUAGACAUGUGUAGUUAUCAUAUACUGUAGUUGUUGGUGUUUCGGAACCAGAAAAAUUACGUGUCUAACCAAUUUUUAUAGGACAAGUACAUCAAACAUCAGAUUCUUCUAAUUUAUUUAUUGAUAAAACAUACAUUUUUAAAAGUUAAGAACAAUACAUUUAGAUCGAUAAACAUAUUGAUGAUGAUGAUUCUUUUAUAAACACAAAUAUAUGCCAAGGGAAUGUCUGUAAAAUAUUUAUGUUACCUGGCAGUUUUCAUGAACAAUAUGUGUAUGAAAUGAGACACGAGGGCAAAUCUACAUCAUUUCAAUGCGCAUCAAAUGACACGGUCGUUUUGACGCGAGACAAUUGAGCGCAUAGCACAUUUUGAUGCAAUUACAUUUCAAAGCAUUUUUUUUUUGUUUUAUUAUUGUUAUUAAUUUAUUUUUCAAAAUAAAUGUUCAUAUGCAAAAUAUUUUAGUAUUCUCUAAUAAUUGUGUAUAGAUAUUAUAUUAUUAGAAUACAUACCAUUUCAACAUUGGAAAAUUGAUCAUGCUUAUCUUUAUAACUGUUUGGACCGAUAAAAGUAAUUGAUAAUAAAUACGCAUUCAAUAAUGUGUUCAGUAUUUGCUGAGACUACGACGAAUUUCUAUUAAAAUGCCUAUAGAAUUUAUAAAAAGUCAGCGAGGGAUAGAUUUAUUAGGUUUUAAUGGAUUUGCGUACAAAAAAGAUAGACAGAAUGAAAAUAUUUUUAAUAUUAACAGGGAUAAAUUUUUCAUUUUUAAGUAUAUUUUCUUUAUGUUUAGUAAUAUUUUAUUUUAUUUUUAUUUAAUGUACACAUUCAUUUUGAAAAAUAAAUUAAUAAUAAUAAUUUAAAAAAAUUUACCAUAUGUCCAAUUGUCUCGUGUCAAAAUGACCACAAAAUGAUGUGAAUCCCAUAAGGGACUAGUUUGAUGAUUUGUAUUGUUUAAUACCUGAAAAUUUAGAUGAGUAAAUAAUUAUUUAAUUUUUCCUUCAUUUUGGAGUAAUUCAAUAUUGACCAGGCACAAAGUAGCAGUGGUAAUUAGUUUUAUUUUUAUGGAGAGUAAGUUAACAGAGAUUACUUUAAUUCAAUAAUUGAUUGUGUUUGUUUUCAGAUUUGAGCAGAAAACCUACAUGGUGUAGGUUCUACCAUGAUUUUCUUUUAACCCUUAUUUUUAUUAACUUAUUUUCACUCAAGUUCUAUGACCUUUUUUGUUUGCAUGUUAAAAUGUAGUAUACUAUAUAUGUAUGUGUCUGGUCAAGAACAUACAAACGAAAAAAUAAGCUUUUUCGAUUUAAAACCAGGAAAUAAUUAUGAACUCAAUUAUUUGUAUUAAAUUAUUACAGAUCAUCAGAAAUCAAUGAAAAUAUUAACAAGUCAUUGGAGUUUGUUUUCCCGUAUUUAGGAAUGAAAGAUCGUUUAACUGUAACCCAAGUGUGUUUUUCUUGGAGACGUAUUGCGAAGGAUAAAUGUUUAGUAAGAACAAUUUAGUAUUUUUUAUAUUGAUUCAUAGUGCACAAAUUUGAAUAUCCUAAAACAAAUUAAUUUAAGACUCAAAAACUAUAGACAAAUUUAUUAAAACUGUGCUAUUACAACAACAAUAAAAUAAAAGAUAAUACCUAAAACAAUGACAUAUUAUAUAGUAUUUUUUUAAAUUUAAAAUAGCUUCUCGUCAACUAAGGUUAAGAGAAAUCUAAGCCAUAUUAUAUUGAUGUUAUUUGUAUAAACUAAUUUUUUUUUAUAUAUGAUAUAGCUUAUAAUAUAAAUUAGUUUUUUUAAUAUUUCUUAAAAAAUCAAUUGGUAAAAACUGUAAUAAAUUCUUUUUUGUAGUAAGAUAAGUUGUGUAUUUGAUCACUUCAACAGUUAAUAUAUAAUACAAUUUACAAAUGUAUUUAAAUUUAGGCCUUAGAUUUCAAAUAAUUUUCUUAUAAUUUAAUCAUUGACUUAUUAUUUUAGUUUCAAAUGGUUAUUUUUUUUUAGUGGAAACAUGUUUGUUUGAAAAAUGUGAAGAUUAGUGACUGGAAGAAACUGAUAGACUUUAUAAACAAUAAUGAAUGCAUUUCAUUAGACACUCGUGGCUUGUUAAUGCCUUCAACAAAGCCUAAGAAAAUUCAUGAUUUUUAUAUUUUUUGGUUAAAUUUUUCUAAAGCCAUAAUCAAAGCAACUAAAUUAGAUAUUCUUUACCUAUAUGGAUGUCCAGUCAACAUUGUGCAGGAUGUUAUGUGUUCAUUACAAAAACUUACAAAUUUGAAUGUCUCUUCACUACAGUAAUAUUAAAAUAUGAACUUUUUAUAAUUUACAGUAUACAUAACCAAUGAUUUUAUUUUACUAUUUCUCAGAUUUCCACCCAAAUUUGGUAGACCUGGUACACCGAAAAUUUUAAAUGAGCUGAAUUCUUUUAACUUGGACUGUAUUAGCAACAUGCAAAAUCUAACAGAAUUACGAAUACAUAAUCUAAGAAGAGUUAAACUAUUAUCAACGCCAAACCUAAAAGUUUCGAGAUUGACCAAACUAAAAACUUUGGUGAGUUAUUAGAGUUGUAAUUAAAGAAUAACUCAAAUUAUAAUUUUAUUUGUAGAUGGAAAAGUUUAUAAUUGUAUAUUGUAUAUUGGAUUGUUUUUUUUAAUUCUAUAAACCACUAAUUGUUUUCAAUUAAAUUAAUUAUCCUUUAAAAAUAUACAAAUUUACAGUAUUUAUGUAUAACUAAUUAUACUUGUAUACCAUUUAUUUAUUUAAAUGUAUGGUUAUAAUAUUUAUUAUGGUUUUAUUCCUUUUUAUAUUUUUAAUUUAACUGUAUUUUUUUUUUUAGUCAUUAACAUCAAUAACAUUCAUUAAAGCAGUCCCUGAUAAUUUCAUCGCACUUUUGGAAUCAAUAUCAAUUGAUCUGGAAGUUUUAGAAAUAGGAGAAUGUAAAUGCUUACCUAAUAAUUUUCAUGAGUUUUUGGAAAAAUUAACUAAUUUAAGAAGCUUAAGAUUAGAGAAUUGUUUUGAUAGAUGGGAGGCAUGCACGAAACAAUAUUUUGAUGCCAUAAGAUCUCUUAAGAAAUUGGAAAAUUUGGAACUAAUUAACAUUAUAAUGAAUAAAGAAGUGGAAUCCCAAUUAAAAAGAUGCAGUCACAUAAAAGCUUUAAUGAUAGCUCCUAUCGAUCCCUACCGAAUAGUAAGUAUUAUACUAUUAUAAUUUUUAACACAAUCAUGCUUAUGAAUCUAACUAUAAUGAUAUAUUCAUUUAGAUACCACAUAGCAAUCGUAUCAUGUUCAAUUGCCUAGAAGCACUCUCCAAAACAUUAACACAUGUAGUUUGGGGAAUAAGAGAAUACAUGCUUGCCAAAGUUGAUUAUUUGAUUGAAAAUAAUAUACAAAAAAAAAUGUUUUAUCCUGGCUACUAUUUGGGUAUGUCAAAAACAAGAAAAGUUCGUGACAAUAUCAUAAUGAUAAGGUCAAAAAAAUUACAACCAGGAAUACAAGAAGCCCCUCCAAAUAAUCCCUACGAAUCAGAGGAAGUUGACAUAUUUUCAGUAUCAUUCAUAGAAUACUGGUUGAAUUUAAUGAUGGUUAACGCCAAGACUAAAGUCAUUAAGAUACCCGAUACAGGAAAAUAUAAGCCGCGUUUAUCAGAACUGUUUGGAGAUCUUAAAUAA